AUUGCUAGCGUGGCCUGGGGUAGCAGAGAAGGAGCUGCGUGGUGGGGAGGGUCGGCAUCCCUCGCAGCCGCUUCCGCGCCCGUGGACGUGGAUUUCUGUCUAAAAAUAAUGGGGGGAGGAGGGAAAAAAAAAAUACAGGCGAGCAAGGCAGCAGCAGCGAGCAGCGCCUGGCUGGCUGCCAGCGAGGGGCAGUGACUGAGCAUUUACAGCAUCCCCGCCUCCCGCAUGCGGCGGGGCAGGGGCUCGGCGCCGCAUCCCCCGCGGCCGGUACCGCACCGCGCUGCGCCGCACCGCACCGGGGGGGCCGGGGGGGCUGCUGAGCGCCUCGGCCGGUGCCCGGGCGGCCCCGAAGGGGUUAAGCCGGGACCUGCCGUCGGGACCUGCCCAGCCAGCCCGGCAACUCGGCGGCGCGCAGCAGGAGCGGGCGGCUGCGGCCGCCUCCACCCGCGCUCCCCGGCGGCACCGGCGGCGGCACCGCGCAGGCGCUGGUGAGGCUGUGGCUGUGAUCACUCAUUCCUUCUGCACCGUUGCUGCCUGCCACUGGCAGGUUUCCGGCACCACGCAGCCAUGACGACCUCGGCGCUGCGCCGGCAGGUGAAGAACAUCGUGCACAACUACUCGGAGGCAGAGAUCAAGGUGCGGGAGGCCACCUCCAAUGACCCCUGGGGACCCCCCAGCUCCCUGAUGUCAGAGAUCGCCGACCUCACCUUCAACACGGUGGCCUUCGCCGAGGUCAUGGGCAUGAUCUGGCGGCGGCUGAACGACAGCGGCAAGAACUGGCGUCACGUCUACAAAGCCCUCACCCUCCUGGACUACCUCAUCAAAACCGGCUCCGAAAAGGUGACCCACCAGUGCCGGGAGAACCUCUACACCAUCCAGACGCUGAAGGACUUCCAGUACGUGGACCGCGAUGGCAAGGACCAGGGCAUCAACAUCCGGGAGAAGGUGAAGCAGGUGAUGGCGCUGCUGAAGGACGAGGAGCGGCUGAAGCAGGAGCGGGCGCACGCGCUGCAGACCAAGGAGCGCAUGGCCCUGGAGGGCAUGGGCAGUGGCAGCCACCAGGUCACCUACGGCCGCCGUGCGUCACCCUACGGCGAGGACUACGGCCGGGCACGGGGCUCGCCCUCCUCCUUCAACUCAUCAUCCUCAUCCCCACGGUUCGCCUCUGACCUGGAGCAAGCACGGCCCCAGACGACGGGCGAGGAGGAGCUGCAGCUGCAGCUGGCGCUGGCCAUGAGUCGGGAGGAGGCAGAGAAGAAGCCACUUCCAAUUUCCAGUACAGACGAAGAAAGGCAAUUGCAGCUCGCGCUCGCGCUGAGCAAAGAGGAGCACGAGAAGGAGGUGAGGACUUGGCAAGGGGAGAACUCCCUGCAGCAGAGAGCCGUGGAGGAGACUGCCCAGGGCAGGGAGGAAGAGCAAGAAGAAGAUAAGAUGAAGAAAAGCCAGUCCUCUAUCCUGGAGCUGGCAGAUAUAUUCGGACCGGCGCCAGCACCCUCCAGCCACGCGCCUGCUGACCCGUGGGAUGUGCCAGAUAUGAAAGCCAAAGCGGAGCCGGUGGCCUCUGCCUGGGCCGGUGCAGCAGAUCCCUGGGUGCCAGUCCCAGACACCAGUGGGGAGCCCCUCUCCCAGGCAAGCGCCUCAGCCCAGCAAACAUCUGCUGGGCCCUGGGAUUUUCCGCCCAGCACCACUGCAGCCUCCGACCCCUGGGGGAAGGCACCCGUUUCUUCUGGCUUCCCUCCUGCUGACCCCUGGGGGACAGCAUCACCCCCAGCCCCUCAGGGCUCCGGUUCCACUCCAGCUCCUGACCCUUGGGCUGCUGUGCCCGAGCAACCUCCGAACGCUGCUCCAGGGGGGAACGCUUUCGACCCGUUUGCAAAGCCGCCCGAGCCGCCGGAGCAGGAGCCCUCGCAGCCGCCCUCCUCGGCCAAGUCCAGCAGCCCCGUGGAGCCGGACCCCUUUGGCGACCUGUUCCCCAGCACCAGGCAGGAUGGGGCGAAGAGCUUUGACCUCACCAACCUGGCUGACUCCCUGCCCGAAUCCGGCAAGGAGCGGAAGGACUGUAAAACCCCCGAGGCUUUCCUCGGCCCCGCCGCCUCCUCCCUGGUCAACCUGGACUCCCUGGUCGCACCUACACCGGCUUCCAAGACCCGCAACCCCUUCCUCUCCGGUCUGAGCACGCCGUCCCCAACCAACCCCUUCAGCCUGUCCGAGCAGCCCAAGCCGACGCUGAACCAGAUGCGGACCAGCUCGCCGGUGCCCGGGCUGCCCGCCGGCCACCCCGCCAACUCCAUGACCUACAGCGCGUCCCUGCCGAUGCCCCUCAGCAGCGUCCCCUCCGCCACCGCCGCCCUCCCCGCCUCCGCCAGUGCCUUCCCGCAGGCUGGCACGUUCCCCGAACUCCCCGGCGCCUUGCCGCAGCCUCUACUGCCGCUGAGCGGCCCCCCGGCUCCGCCGUCCGCGCCCGGGGGGCUCAACCCCUUCCUCUGAACCCUCUGGACAUGUGGACUCUCGCCCCUUCCCUGGCUGUUACAGCCCCCCCCAUCUUUCCUCCCGCCAAGACUUGAGGGGGCAGCGGUUCGCUAAAGCUGCACUGGAGUGUGCCCCCCACCCAGCCCCGACCCCGUGCCCGCUGUGCGGGGCAGCCAGCAUGAGACCCCCGUGCUUGACGGGCAGCAGGGGACCCCCUUCCCCUGCGAGGGCCAGUGCGGGGGGCCGCGGUGGGGCUGGCUGGGGGGCAGCCAGCAUGAGCCCCGGUGCUUGACGGGCAGGAAGGGACCCCUUGCCCUGCGAGGGGGCCACGGCAGAGCCCCUGUGAAGGGCUGUGGUGUAGGGGCUCCGCUGCAGCGGGACCGGGCGGGUGCGCGGGGGUCCGGCUGCUGGAUGUGGACCCCCGGUGUGGGGGGGCUUUGUGGGGAGCUGGGGCAGCGCGGGACCGGGAGGAGGGAGCUGGGGGGGUUCUCCCACCCCGCGUGGUUCGCGCUCCCUUGGCUGCUGCCCCUCGCCUCCGUCUCGCCGCCCCUCGCCCACUGCUGGGCGCCGCUCCGUGUCCGGGGAGCGCCUGGGCUUGGGCGCGGCGGCGGCGGCUGGCUGCGGGUGCCCGUGCGACAAUAAACUGCGCUGAGCGACA